GGGGAGUGGAGAGUUUGAUUGAGUGUGAAGUUGGGGAGAGGAGUCGAUUGUAACUUGUGUUAUUUAUAUCUAUUGUAUUUGGUAUAUUUGUUGUUAUUAUUAAUUAGAUGCACCGCCUCAACACUGCCAUCACUAUAUAAAUAUCUUUUCCUCUUUCUGUCCAUCUCACCGGACAACAACAGCAACAACAACAACAUUAGCACCAUGGCCCUCCAUCUCAGAAUGAAAGAUGACGACCCCUGGAUCAUCGAAUCCAAAAUCUUCACCCUCCUCUCCGACUACCUCCAACCAAACAGCAGCAUAACCCCCUCAUCAGCCGCCUCAACCAUCGACUCUCUCUACCCCGCAAACCGCAAUGAAGAAGAAGCAGAACAGCCAUACGGCUUUCUCUGGGAGAUCUGGUACCAGAUAUAUCACGUUUCAGGCCAGAUAAUGCCUUCUGAUCCCGCGAUGGAGAAAUUGGCGCUACUGGUGAAGACGCUAAGGGGGGUGCGCUCCAAGACGGCUCUUAUUGCUGUUGAGGGGUAUGGAGGGGAGAUGAGACUGUGGGCGGAUUUACCGCUGAUCGGGUCUGUUUAUCGGGAGCUGUUUGAUUACGACGUAGAACUGGACAAUCGAGGGCGCGGCAUCAACGCCCUCGCAGCCCGACUAUACCGCGACGGAUUACCCUGGAAGUUCUUCGCCAUCGAAGCAAUUAACAGUCUGGGCGUCAGAGAGCGUCGUCGACACCAACAUACGACGGAGAUGGUAACCGAGGAUACAAUCGACGAUAAUCCCGAGUUCCGAGCCGAAUUAGACAUCGCGGCAGACUGGAUUACGCAGUGCGGGGAAGUCAUCUUACAGGGUCGAACGGAUGAAGUGAGCGGCGCGCAGAUCUGGUCUCGCCCUUGGGGGUUUGAAGAGCCGGUGGUAUAUCCUGCUAUGUGGGGAGAGUGGAAGAAAAAGUUCCAGAAGGUAUCUGGGCAUGACAGGGCGUCUGAUGGGAUGAGAAGUGUAGCGGAUGCUGCUAUACGAGCGAUGGGUGACUUUGAACAACUAUUCCUAGAUAGUAUGACUAGCUAGAUGAGAGAUACACAGCCUGCUAGAUAGCUAUAAACAGCUUCAAUAUCGCCCAAUUCGGUAACCAUUCCCACGACGCCGUCUGGUCGGACUACCACGAUU